AAGCUUUAACUCCUAGAUUUCUUGAUUAAGAUCACUCUUCAUGUUCUCUGUUCUCUAUUAAGGGUUUGGUUGUGUGGUUUCGACCGAAUUUAGUUAAAUUGAGAAAUUAGGGUUUGAAAAAAUUUUGGGGAUAAAUCGUUAUUUCUUGUUUAUGGAUUGUAUCGGUCUCGGAUAUCCUCUUUGUGUCUAUACGGAUUGAAACAGAUUGUAGUUUCAAUCGAUUUGCCGUUUCUUAACUGUUUUCAAUUGAAACCUUUUAAGUGAUAUUGUUAUCUUAUAUGUGUUCGAAUUCACUUUGUUGAUAUUGUUUUCGUUCCUUCUCGUUGGUUUGCUUCCUUCUCGUCAAUUUGCUUUAACUCUAGUGGUUGUUUAACUCUGUCUGUUUUCAAUUUCUUUUCAGGUUUACGAUAAUGGGACAAUACAGUUACAGCCAGCCAUCUUCAUCAUCAAACUCUCAAGACUUAAACUCCCUCCUUCAAGCCGAAGCAGAGAUGUACGCGGCUGAAGCUGAGAUAAGUCAGUGGAAUGCAGAGGCCAUUCACAACGAACCAUCACCAGAGGGUGAUGAUGGAAUCCCCAGGACAUGCUACUGUGGGUCGGAGCCUGUUCACGGUUAUUCCCACACUCCUAAAGAUCCAUACCGACGGUACAUUACGUGCCCCAAUGCUGAUGAUGGAGACUGCCACGUCUGGAAAUGGUGGGACGUGGCGGUCAAGGAGGAGAUGAGGGACAUUCAGACGGAGCUUAGUGAGCUUAAGGGUGAAGCCAAUGAGCGUGAGCAGAAGCUGCUCAUCCUUGAGAAGAGAAUAGGCGAGUUUACAAAGAAGAAAUCAGGAGCUAAGCUAAUGGUCUUUACCAUAGUUUUAGUAGGGUUGGUGUUACUUAUAAAUGUGCUAGGAAAAAUUGGGAAGGAUUCAAAGGAGUGGGGCGUACCAUCUUUGUUUCUUUAACGAGGUUGACGCAUGUGGGAAGGAGUCACGGGUGCAUUUGGUCUGUAGCUCUUGUGGGAAGGAGUCACGGGUGUUGCAGGAGUCACGGGUGUUGUAGGAGUCACGGAUGACUCUGUUUCCUUUAGUAUAAGUAGUAGUGUUGUAGUUGUCUCUGAGAGUUUGUAUUAAUCAACUCUCUUUGUUUUCCUCGGAGCUGUUCUUAUCUACCACUGCACUGAAGUUUAGGUAAUCUACUCUAUUUGUUUUCAAACUUGGAAAAAAACGUGUAUCCUCUAUAUUUGAAUGAUUGUCUGAUCCCUUCUAGUAUUUGCUUGUUCGGACCAUAGCUAGUUUUCUCCAUAUAUAUGCACUGUUUUUAUUUAUUGAUGUCCAAGCCGUGACUUGCUCAAGAUAAGAGAAAAUUAAUGGAUGUCAAACAUAUAAUAGUUAGAAAUUCAGUUGAUUACGAUCACGAUUACGAGUUUUGGGUUGUAGUCUUACUUGAAAUUAUUAUUUGCGUAUAGCAUAAAUUUGAUUACGAGUCAAACUAAACCAAUGUUGAACUUUAAUGUGGAGUAAACCAAUGAAACCAAUGUUGAAAUUUAAUGAAAUUUGAUUACGAGUCAAACUAAACCAAUGUUGAAAUUUAAUUUAAAAUAUUUUUACUUCCCUUAAAAGUUUGGUUAAAAAUAUAAAAAAAUAUAAAUUUAUGUAACAUUACCCUUUUGUUUAAAAAAAUAUUUUGGUUAAAACUAUAAUAAAAAUGUCUAUCCAAUCUUAUUUGUUUAAGAUAAUUAUUUUCUAGAAAUGUCAUCAUCUUCAUCCGAUGAAGUCGAUGCAAGAUUGGACGAAAUUUGUGAUGAAUAUGUGGAAGAAAUAUACAACGACAUAGUGGAGACCCAAACCAUACCACAAAGGACACGUCAGUAUGUUGAACGACACCGCGAAGGAGGACAAGACCAAUUAUGGAAUGACUAUUUCAGCGAAGAUCCGACAUUCUCGACUGCAAUUUUCAGACGCCGUUUCCGCAUGAAUAAGAAUUUAUUCUUGCGUCUUGUUCAUGGCCUAGAAGAGUACUUUCCAUUCUUUCAGCAAAGAAGAGAUGCAACCGGGAGAUGGAGUCUUACGGCACUACAAAAAUGUACUGCUGCUAUUCGCCUGCUUGCUUAUGGUAAUGCGGCUGACACCGUUGAUGAAUAUCUCCGACUUGCUGAGACCACUGCACUUUCGUGUUUACAUAAUUUCACAGACGAAAUUAUACAAUUAUUCGGAAAUGAGUAUCUACGACGCCCCACACCGGAGGAUCUCCAACGGCUAUUAGAUAUUGGAGAGAAACGAGGGUUUCCUGGGAUGGUCGGGAGCAUUGAUUGUAUGCAUUGGGAGUGGAAAAACUGCCCAACCGCUUGGAAAGGACAAUAUGCACGUGGAUCGGGAAAACCGACAAUUGUCUUAGAGGCGGUAGCUUCCCACGAUCUUUGGAUAUGGCACGUCUUUUUUGGUCCUCCAGGUACCUUAAACGAUAUUAAUGUUCUCGAUCGAUCUCCUGUUUUUGACGACAUUUUACAAGGUCGAGCUCCGAGGGUAAAGUACAUGGUCAACGGACACACGUAUAAGUUGGCGUACUACCUCACAGACGGUAUAUAUCCAAAAUGGUCGACAUUUAUCCAAUCUAUCACACUCCCACAAACUCCUCAACAUGAGUUAUUUGCUAAAGUUCAAGAAGCAACCCGAAAAGAUGUGGAGCGGACUUUUGGAGUUUUGCAAUCUCGAUUUGCAAUUGUUAGAAAUCCGGUUAAAACAUUGAACAAAGAAAAGAUAGGGAAGAUUAUGAGAGCCUGUAUCAUACUCCACAAUAUGAUAGUCGAAGAUGAACGGGAUGGAUACUCUCGUAUUGAUAUAUCUGAAUUUGAAGAAGGAGACGCCUCCAGAUGUUCAGAGGUGGAAACCGAGAUGCCAACAACUCUGAACAAUAUCUUUCCCACUCGGAAUGAUCUUCGUGAUAGGCAAACGCAUGAAAGAUUGAAGAAUGAUUUAAUCCAAAAUAUUUGGAAUAAAUUUGGUGAUGAAGAUUAACAAUUAUUCUAUAUUUAUGUAAAAUUUUUGUUUUUAUGUUUAAUUAAUGUAUUUUAUGUUUAAUUAUUGUUUUAAUGUAAAUUUAUUGUAUUUUUAUGUUAAGUUAUGGAUUAAUUAAUGUAUUAAUUAAUGUAUUUUAUGUUUAAUUAAUGUAUUUUAUGUUUAUUUAUAUUUCACUAAAAUAAAUAUUUUUUUUUUAAGGAUUCUAACAAGAUCACCAUUGUACACACAUUUUUAACAAGAGUCUUUAACUAU